AUGUCUACGCAACUCUCGGGCCCUGCAAAGGGGGUUUCGUUGGAGGACCUCCCAAAAUCCAAUAUUUUCACUGCCAAACUGCCGCCAGACCCUGCUUUCGAGACUCCCAAGAUCUCCCAUAGAGCUCCGAGGGAAGCUCUCGGUCCGCGCUUGGUGAAAGGCGCCUUAUACACCUUUGUUCGCCCCGAGCCAGCUAAUGAGAUGGAACUUUUAGAUGUCAGCCCCAAAGCAAUGGCGGACUUGGGAUUAACGUCAGGAGAAGAGCUUACACCUCAGUUUAAAGCGGUAGUAUCUGGGAAUCAUUUUUUUUGGACUGAGGAGAAUGGAGGCAUCUACCCAUGGGCGCAAUGUUAUGGAGGAUGGCAAUUCGGCUCAUGGGCUGGACAGCUUGGGGAUGGGCGUGCUAUCAGCUUAUUCGAGAGCACCAACCCCAAUACGUGCAUUCGAUAUGAAUUGCAGCUCAAAGGAGCUGGGAGGACACCAUACUCACGUUUUGCAGACGGAAAAUCAGUGCUUCGAUCUAGCAUCCGCGAGUAUAUUGUGUCGGAAGCGCUCUCUGCACUUGGUGUGCCAACUACCAGAGCCUUGUCAAUCACUCUACUGCCCGAGUCCAAGGUCUUGCGCGAGCGUAUUGAACCUGGAGCUAUAGUGGCCCGGUUUGCCGAAUCCUGGCUGAGAAUAGGAACAUUCGACCUUCUCCGCGCACGCGGUGACAGAGAUUUAAUCAGAAGACUAGCUACAUAUGUUGCCGAAGAUGUAUUUCACGGCUGGGAAGCUCUACCAGCUGCAGUACCUCUAGGUAAAGAUCAGCCCACUGAUGCCGUUAAUAAUCCAGCAAGAGGCGUGUCGUGGGACGUGAUUCAAAAACACGAAGGGGUCGAAGAAAAUCGGUUUGCAAGGCUGUAUAGAGAGGUUGCACGACGAAAUGCGAAGACUGUGGCUGCGUGGCAAUCGUAUGGCUUCAUGAAUGGCGUAUUGAACACCGACAACACAUCAAUCUAUGGCUUGUCGCUUGAUUACGGCCCGUUCGCUUUCAUGGACAACUUCGAUCCUCAAUACACACCAAACCACGACGACCAUCUGUUAAGGUACUCGUAUAAAAACCAGCCAACCAUCAUUUGGUGGAACUUGGUUAGACUUGGAGAAUCCUUAGGAGAGCUCAUUGGGGCAGGAGCUAAAGUCGAUGAAGAGAGCUUUAUGAAAGAAGGAGUGACCGAAAAUUCUGCUCCAGCCAUCGUCAAACUUGCAGAACAAAUUAUUGAAAGGACGAGUGAAGAGUUUAGGACUGUAUUCUUGGAUGAAUACAAGCGGCUAAUGGGUGGAAGACUAGGACUAAAGACUCAGAAAGAGUCAGAUUUUCAGGACCUCUUCUCAGAAAUGCUUGACACAUUGGAGGCUUUAGAGUUGGACUUCAACCAUUUUUUCCUGCGGCUUUCUCAUGUACCGCUCAGCGCCCUCGACACCGAAGAAAAACGGAAAGAAGCUGCAUCAAUAUUUUUCCACAAUGAAGGAUGUGGCGGAGUCGGGUACACAGAAGAUUCUGCAAAGGAGCGCAUCGCAAAUUGGCUCGGGCGCUGGAGACUGAGGAUUCUUGAGGAUUGGGGGCCCCAUAGUGAUGUGGGGCGACAGAAGGCUAUGAAAACAGUGAACCCAAAGUUCUUGCCUCGCGGAUGGAUACUCGACGAAGUUAUCGAUCGAGUUGAACGUCGGGGAGAUCGGGAGAUCCUCGGCCGUGUGAUGCAAAUGGCCCUAAACCCCUUCCAAGAGGAUUGGGGCUGGAACAAAGAAGAGGAGGAACGCUUCUGUGGGGAUGUUCCUCGAUACAAGCGGGCCAUGAUGUGCAGCUGCAGCUCUUAA